UAUUGUUAUAAACACGAGCCGCGUCUAAAAGGCAAAGGGGGAGGAGUUGCUUCAAUUUAUAACAACGUUUUCAGGAUUUCUCAGAGGGCAGGCUUCAAGUAUAACUCGUUUGAAGUAAUGGUGCUUCAUAUAACAUUAUCCAGAGAAACCAAUGUUAAUGAUAAAUCCCCUGUUAUGUUUGUACUGGCUACUGUAUACAGGCCACCAGGGCACCAUACAGACUUUAUUAAAGAGUUUGGUGAUUUUACAUCCGAGUUAGUUCUGGCUGCAGAUAAAGUCUUAAUAGUUGGUGAUUUUAAUAUCCAUGUCGAUAAUGAAAAAGAUGCAUUGGGAUCAGCAUUUAUAGACAUUCUGAACUCUAUUGGUGUCAGACAACAUGUUUCAGGACCUACUCAUUGUCGAAAUCAUACUCUAGAUUUAAUACUGUCACAUGGAAUUGAUGUUGAUAGUGUUGAAAUUAUUCAGCCAAGUGAUGAUAUCUCAGAUCAUUAUUUAGUUCUGUGUAAACUUCAUAUAGCCAAAAUUGUAAAUUCUACUUCUUGUUACAAGUAUCGAAGAACCAUCACUUCUACCACAAAAGACUGCUUUUUAAGUUAUCUUCCUGAUGUAUCCGAAUUCCUUAGCAUAUCCAAAACCUCAGAACAACUUGAUGAUGUAACAGAAACUAUGGACUCUCUCUUUUCUAGCACUUUAAAUACAGUUGCUCCUUUACGCUUAAGAAAGGUUAAGGAAAACAGUUUGACACCAUGGUAUAAUGAGCAUACUCGCACCCUAAAGAGAGCAGCCCGAAAAAUGGAGCGCAGCUGGAGGAAAACAAAACUAGAGGUAUUUCGUAUUGCUUGGCGGGAAAGUAGCAUAUCCUACAGAAAAGCAUUAAAAACUGCUAGAUCUGAUUACUUUUCUUCUCUUUUAGAAGAAAACAAACAUAACCCCAGGUAUUUAUUCAAUACAGUGGCUAAAUUAACGAAAAAUAAAGCCUCAACAAGUGUUGACAUUUCCCAACACCACAGCAGUAAUGACUUUAUGAACUACUUUACUUCUAAAAUCGAUACUAUUAGAGAUAAAAUUGCAACCAUUCAGCCGUCAGCUACAGUAUCACAUCAGACAGUCCACUAUAGACCCCCUGAGGAACAGUUCCACUCAUUCUCUACUAUAGGAGAGGAAGAAUUGUAUAAACUUGUUAAAUCAUCUAAACUUACAACAUGUAUGUUAGACCCUAUACCAUCUAAGCUCUUAAAAGAGGUGCUUCCAGAAGUCAUAGGUCCUCUUCUGACUAUUAUUAAUUCCUCAUUGUCAUUAGGAUAUGUCCCCAAAACCUUCAAACUGGCUGUUAUUAAGCCUCUCAUAAAAAAGCCACAACUUGACCCCAGAGAACUAGUUAAUUAAAGACCAAUCUCGAAUCUCCCUUUUCUGUCCAAGAUACUAGAAAAGGUGGUAUCCUCACAAUUAUAUUCCUUCUUAGAGAAAAAUGGUAUAUGUGAGGAUUUCCAGUCAGGAUUUAGACCGUAUCAUAGUACUGAAACUGCUCUCCUUAGAGUUACAAAUGAUCUGCUCUUAUCAUCUGAUCGUGGGUGUAUCUCUCCAUUAGUUUUAUUGGAUCUUAGUGCUGCGUUUGACACAAUUGACCACAACAUUCUUUUGCAUAGACUUGAACACUUUGUUGGCAUCAGUGGAAGUGCAUUAGCAUGGUUUAAAUCGUACUUAUAUGAUCGCCAUCAGUUCGUAGCAGUGAAUGAAGAUGUAUCAUAUCGAUCACAAGUGCAGUAUGGAGUACCUCAAGGCUCAGUUCUAGGGCCGCUACUCUUCACGCUUUAUAUGUUACCCUUGGGAGAUAUCAUCAGGAAACAUGGUGUUAGCUUUCACUGUUAUGCUGAUAAUACGCAGCUCUAUAUUUCCUCGCAGCCCGGUGAAACACACCAAUUUGAAAAACUAAUGGAAUGCAUAGUCGAUAUAAAAAAUUGGAUGACGAGUAAUUUCUUACUGCUAAAUUCAGAAAAAACAGAGGUGUUAAUCAUAGGGCCUAAAAACUCUGCUUGUAAUAACCUAGAACACUGUCUAAGACUUGAUGGUUGCUCUGUCAAUUCUUCGUCAUCAGUUAGGAACCUAGGUGUGCAAUUUGAUAGCAAUCUUUACUUAGAAAGCCACGUUUCUAGCAUUUGUAAAACUGCAUUUUUCCAUCUCAAAAAUAUAUGUAAAUUACGGCCUAUGCUCUCAAUGUCA